UGCUUCAAAUCUUCUUCCUCUUCUUUUUGGUGAAUUCAGAUUCUUCUUGCUUCAAGUUUGAACAUUUUCGAAGCCAAUUACACGGACCAACACGGUACAUUGAUAUCUAAGGUCUGUGGGUGGAAGAAUGGAGAAAAAGGGUGUGAAGGCAAAGACGAAGAUCGUGUGCACUUUGGGACCAUCAAGUAGGUCUGUGGAGAUGCUGGAGAAGCUUCUCAAGGAAGGGAUGAACGUGGCUCGCUUCAACUUCUCUCAUGGCUCUCACUCUUAUCACCAAGAGACCCUUGACAAUCUCAGGAAUGCAAUGAACAACACUGGCAUUCUCUGCGCUGUCAUGUUGGAUACCAAGGGUCCAGAGAUCAGAACUGGGUUUCUGAAAGAAGGGAAACCUAUACAAAUCCAUAGAGGACAAGAAAUCACAAUUACAACUGAUUACAGUAUAAAGGGUGAUGAGAAGAUGAUCAGCAUGAGCUACAAGAAGUUGGCACACCAUUUGAGUCCAGGGAGUAAUAUUCUGUGUGCUGAUGGGACAAUCAGCUUCACUGUCUUGGAAUGUAACAAGGAGAAUGGCCUGGUUCGAUGUCGGUGUGAAAAUUCUGCAGUUUUGGGCGAGAGGAAGAAUGUUAAUCUUCCCGGAGUGGUUGUUGAUCUUCCAACCUUGACAGAGAAGGACAAGGAAGACAUUCUGGGGUGGGGGGUUCCUAAUAAGAUUGACAUCAUUGCUCUCUCUUUUGUUAGAAAAGGUUCAGACCUUGUAGAGGUCAGAAAUCUACUUGGAGAGCAUGCAAAAAACAUACUUCUUAUGUCCAAGGUUGAAAAUCAAGAGGGAAUUGCCAAUUUUGAUGAGAUACUUGCAAAUUCAGACGCAUUCAUGGUGGCAAGAGGCGACUUGGGAAUGGAAAUUCCAAUAGAGAAAAUCUUUCUUGCUCAGAAAGUAAUGAUUCACAAAUCAAACGUACAAGGCAAGCCUGUGGUAACUGCCACCCAGAUGUUAGAGUCCAUGAUCAAAUCACCCCGGCCUACGCGAGCGGAGGCCACUGAUGUUGCCAAUGCAGUCCUUGAUGGCACUGACUGUGUUAUGCUUAGUGGGGAAACUGCUGCAGGAGCCUAUCCAGACAUUGCUGUCCAAACCAUGGCUAGAAUCUGUUCUGAAGCGGAAAGUUUCAUAGACUAUGGUGAUUUGUUCAAAAAAAUUAUGGAAACAGCUCCCACUCCAAUGACUCCUUUGGAGAGCAUGGCUUCAGCAGCAGUCAGGACUGCAAAGUGCAUCAAUGCUGCUCUAAUCUUAGUGCUGACUAGAGGUGGAACCACUUCAAAACUUGUGGCCAAGUAUAGACCCAGCAUGCCUAUUCUUUCUGUGGUAGUUCCUGAGAUAACCACAGAUUCUUUUGAAUGGUUCUGCAGUGACGAAGCUCCUGCAAGGCAUAGCCUUAUCUACCGCGGCCUAAUACCUGUUUUGGCCUCUGGUUCUCUUGGAGCCUCCCAGACUGAGUCAACACAAGAAACCAUAAAGUUUGCUCUUUCAUAUGCAAAGGAAAAUGACUUGUGCGCCCCUGGAGAUAGUAUUGUAGCACUGCUCCGAGUUGAAACCUCUACUGUGAUCAAGAUACUGGAUGUUUCUUAACUGAAGACAAAAGUCUAGGACUAGGACUGAUACCUUGUUUUUUUGUUUAGUAUUGUUUUU